CAUCAGCACAAAUGGAGACGCAUUAAACAAAUCAACGAUUCGAGAGGGAAAACAACGAUGUCAACGUCUGAUAUGUUUGCCAUUGUCGGACUGCUUUUGUUUAUUAAAACUGCUCACGCAUUAGAGGGCGUCACUGCAGAGCCGAUUUAUCUCGACGAAAGGAAGAUAUGCGUGGAUGGGUAUUUUCUGUGCUCAAACGACACCAGAUUUUUGUGCGUGCCUGGAUACAAGAUAUGCGACAAGACGAAGGAUUGUCCGGAUGGAAGUGACGAAACGAAUUGUGACGACACGUUCAACUCGUACUACUUCGAUCACAUGUUCAGGAAGAACGCUGCGGCCGAACACGACGACCAGAACGGCACGUGCGACCUGCCCUACAACAGAACGGAGUGCAGCUGCAGGAGCCGCGAUCUCUAUUGUCACAAUUUGAAUUUAAGCGUCUCGCCUAGCUAUUUGCCCCAAGCAAACAUUGAUAUACUGGAUUUCACCGGGAAUAACUUUGCUGUUUUGUCAGCUGAUUCGCUGCUGACUGUCCCGAAACAAGUUGAAAGGCUGAUUUUAAAGCACUGUAACAUAUGGAGAAUUGAAGCAAAAACAUUUUACAGACUCCACAAUAUAAAUAUGAUUUAUCUUGAUAACAACGAACUGAAAAAAUUUCCUAGUAAUUUAUUUCAGGAAGAAAAUACACACAAACAUCUAAUUUUAAGUUACAACGACAUAUCAACGAUAGAGGAAGACGCAUUUAUCAACCUAAAAAGUUUAACCGAAUUGGAUCUACGAGGAAAUAAAAUCACCGAGAUCCAACCUAAAGUGUUCGAACCGUUGAAGAACUUAACCACUUUGUAUCUGCAACAAAAUUUCAUAGUCUACGUGUACUCGACCAGCUUUCCGGAGAUGGAUUCUUUGGAAACUUUAUCUUUAAUGGAAAAUAAAAUCAUUUCCGUGGAAACUGAAGCUUUCGCCAAGAUGAAUUCAUUGAACUCACUGUUUCUAUCGAACAACAGACUCACGGCGAUACGUAACAGGCCUUUCAUGAACCUAACCAGACUGGAGGCUUUGACUCUGAACGACAACUUGCUGGAAGAUAUCGGUGUCGACGUCUUCUCCGACGUGCCAAACUUAAAAUCGCUCAAAUUGGAGAACAAUAAAUUCACCAUGUUGGAUCAACGAGUGCUUUUUCCACUACGAAAGCUGCCUAACAUAUAUUUUGACAGAUUCGAGAUGUGCUCUUCGGCUCCACACGUAAGAAACUGUUAUCCUAAAGGAGACGGAAUUUCCAGUCAGAAACACCUGUUGGACAACUACAUUUUGAGAACCUGUGUGUGGGUCAUGGGAGCGAUAGGAUGUACGGGAAACCUCAUAGUUCUUCUGGGACGUUUACUCGGACCGUCUAACAACGUCGUUCAUUCGCUCUACCUAAGAAAUUUGGCAUUCUCCGACUUACUCAUGGGAAUCUAUCUUUUCAUCAUUGCCGCCGUGGAUCAGGAAUACCGUGGCGAGUAUUUAAUGCACCAAUAUCAGUGGAGGCACAGUUUGCGUUGCAACUUAUGCGGAUUUCUGAGCACACUUUCCUGCGAAUCUUCGGUGCUGAUCCUGACGCUGGUCACCUACGACCGUUUCAUAUCGGUGACCCAACCGCUGGCAAGGAAACAACCCUCGCCGCGUACCGCAGCCCUGACACUUCUCAUACUCUGGAUCUGCGCCUCUAUAGUCGCCCUCGCCCCCAUCAGCAACAUCGGAAGUUCCUAUUUCGGUGACGAGUUCUACGGCAGCAACGGUGUCUGUUUGUCGUUGCAUAUUCACGACCCAUACGCCAAAGGUUGGGAAUAUUCGGCGGCGAUGUUCAUUCUGAUCAACGCUUUGGCUUUGGUUUUCAUCUCCUAUGCCUAUUUAAGGAUGAUUAAUGAGAUUAAAGCUAGUGGCGUCGCCUGCAGAUCAACCAGACAAAGUCAGGACAGAGAUAAAGUCGCACAAAGAUUCGGCAUAAUUGUUCUCACCGAUUCCCUUUGUUGGGUGCCCAUUAUCAUUGUAAAAUUAGUCGCAUUAUCAGGAUUGCCGAUACCUCAGGAUUUAUAUGCUUGGUUGGCCAUAUUCGUUUUACCCAUAAAUUCAGCCCUUAAUCCCGUGUUGUACACAUUAACGACUACGGUGUUUAAAAAACAGGUGCGCAAAAUCAUAAACACCCGCCUAUACAAAAGGAAACGUCCCGAUCACUCUCAUUCGGCGUCCGAAUCCGGAUUUAGCCUUAGUUUCGGGGUGUUCCCCUUAGGUGGUAGCUCCCGACGAAUAAUGAGCCAGAGGGGAACCCAAACUAAUAUUUGGUGAUGUCCUAACCCCGAAUUGUUUUCGUAUCAAUGUGCACCUAUAUAAUUUACUCAUGUACUCCCUUUUUUCGCCAAUUCCCGUUUUGAUAUUAUUUCCGAAGUUUGUAUUGUAGCUCACUUAACACCUUGUAGUUAAUCCUUCUUAUUUAUACGUGUGUAUUAAUAUAACUAUUUAAAACUAAACAAAAUUACUAAUCAUCAAUUAAUUUAAUAAUUUUAUAAAGAUUAUUAUCACUUCUUUAUUCACCUGUGAUAUUAUUACUUACUU